GUGCGGUGGCCGUCGUACCGAGUACUGUGAUCCUCGGCGUCUUACGGAAGACGAUCUCUCUGCUACGUUUUUCUCUAUCUUCGUCUAUCUUCGCAUAAAAACUUAGGUGAAAUUAAUUUUCUUUCACCUUCGCAACAAUCAUGAAAAAAUACCAACUGAUUAUUUAAAUGGAUUCCCUUGAAAACGUGUUUGCUCGACAUCGACGAGAAGAUAGUGCAAUGCGCGGGAUUUUGUAACAGCACAUUUCGGAGCGCGGAUCGAAGAGUUUGUACGACAAUGUCGCGCGGAUGAGAACGGAGCACGGUCCCUCUGGACGCAAGUAGAUGUCAUAACGAAACGCGAUGGUAGUUCGUCAGCAAACCAACGUGAGAGGAUAACAUUCUGAUAUAGGGUUGAUGCUUGUUAAAGCUACGUGACGUGAUUUCUGCAAUCGCACUGUCGGUUGUUUUGGAAAGAGUAAGUCGAACAGGAAGAUUGAAGAACAUCGCGAAUAAUAGAGUAACUUCUUUAUUAAAAAAAAAAAAAAGCUACUGAGUAUUUGAAAAAAAUUAUAUUAAUCGACUUCCACACACAUCUGCCAUUUAAACUAAGUAAUCCUAGAGUGUAAACAAUUCUGCAUCAUUUAGUUGAAAUUGCAUGUUAAUAAUCGUGAUAAUUAGUACUUUCGAAAACUGCUGAUACAAAGCGACUGUCUUCUUUAGUGAGCGUUUGAGGUGUCGAACAAUAACCGCGUUCACCGUGUGAUCGAAUUUAAGUGAAUUUUGUUUCACCGCGACGGAGCAAACGGUGCGGCGGUUUCUCUUUCUCUCUGUGAUACAUUCCAGUCAGACUUCCGUAUAAUAGACAGGCAGCUGACAAUAUUCGAGUGACGCAUUUGUUGCGCAGCGUGUGAUGAUUGGAAGACACAAAACCGGUACCAAGCGCGGGCAACGAGUUCACUAAAGAUGCGUGGGCUCGUCGGUCGGCACGAAAGUUCCGGGAGAAGAUCGCUGUUGCUUUUGUUGGCCUGUUAUUGCCUGUUCGUACCAGUGUACCACGUGCUUGCCAUUACAAGCGAGCUGCCGCCUAGGCUCGAAUUGCCAGACAAUUGUUCGUGGGACUUACGACAGGAUGGCGCGCUUACCUGCGUGCAUCGUUACGCAGGUAACGACACGAUCCGAACGCACUUUUCUCAGGUCACCAGCGAAUUCGUGACCUCGAUGGACGUUGUUUGCGAGGGUUCUGGAGAAGAAAACGAUAAUACCGUUCAUAACGUGGACAGUUUUUUUCAUUUAUGGCGAUUGCGGUCGUUAAACUUGACCGGAUGCAAACUGGUACGCUGGCCAGCCAAGUUACUCAGCGGUUUGCGCGACCUUCGUAAUCUGACCAUUCGAACACUGAAUGAACACAAAUACAGUUUGGAAGUUGAAAACGGCGCUUUCGAGGACACGUCGGAAAUCGAAAAACUCGAUCUGUCGUUGAACAAUAUCUGGCAAUUACCUGAUCGCCUGUUCUGUCCUUUAUCGAAUUUAAUAACGUUGAACAUCUCGUGGAAUACGCUAAAAGACAUCUCGGAACUCGGAUUCGGCGAUGUUAGCCAGAAGCUGCCGAAACGUCAACUCGAAUCGACCGCGGCUCCGUCUUCGUGUCCGCUGGAUGUGCAUUCGUUGGACGUGUCGAACAAUCAGAUCUCUAUGUUAUCGCACUAUGGAUUCUCAUCGUUGAAACGUCUCAGAAUAUUGAAUUUAUCUAACAAUGCGAUCUCUAUCGUGGCCGAUCAGGCUCUACAUGGGCUCAAGUCUCUGGAGAGCCUCGACCUGUCCGGGAACAGAAUUGUCGCUCUGCCGACGGGAAUGUUCCGAGAUGUGACGAAGACGCUGACAGAACUGAGAUUGCAGAACAAUUCCAUCGGUAUACUGCCGCCCGGUUUGCUGGUUGGCAUGAAUCAACUGGUCACGCUUGAUUUGUCGAGGAAUGUCUUGACCAGUUCGUGGCUGAAUUCAUCGACGUUCUCCGGUUUGAUACGCCUCGUGCUCCUCAACCUGUCUUACAAUCGAAUCAGCAGGCUGGAUCCGGCGCUCUUCAAAGAUCUCUAUACGCUGCAGAUUUUAAAUCUUCAGUUCAAUGAGAUAGAAGUGAUACCGGCGGACACAUUCUCGCCGAUGAGCAAUCUGCACACCCUCGAACUCGCGCACAAUCGUUUGACUUAUCUCGAUGCUUAUUCCCUUAACGGAUUAUUCGCGCUCUCGCUGCUGGCCUUGGACUCCAACCUGCUCGAGGGUAUUCAUCCGGACGCCUUUCGGAAUUGCUCGAGCAUGCAAGAUUUAAACCUGUCCGGUAACCGUCUUGAAAGCAUACCGGUGGCGCUAAAAGACAUGAGAAUAUUGCGGGCCCUUGAUCUCGGUGAAAACCAGAUCAAUAGUCUUAGAAAUCCUGGUUUUCGAGGAAUGUCAAGCUUGUACGGGCUAAGAAUGAUGAGUAACGAGAUCACCAAUGUUACGAAGGAGGACUUCGUGCAAUUGCCGGAGUUGCAGAUUUUAAGUCUGGGCAUGAACAAGAUCGAUUUUGUGGAGGACGGCGCGUUUGCUGCCAACCCGAAGCUACAAGCGAUUCGCAUGGACUCAAAUUUGUUACAAGACAUGUCUGACAUUUUCGCGAGUGCGCCCGAUCUCCAGUGGUUGAACAUGUCUGACAACAUGAUCACAAAGUUCGAUUACAAAUACUUGCCUAAGACAUUACAAUGGUUAGAUCUGCAUAAAAAUCUUAUUACGGAUCUCGGCAACGCGCCACAAAAUAUGAGUUUGAAGACUCUCGACGUGUCGUUUAACCGGCUAACAAGAAUACAUCCUUGGUCGAUUCCGGAUUCCAUCGAGCUUUUAUUCGUCAACGAUAACCAGAUCUCUUCUGUGGAACCGCAGACAUUUUCCACGAAAACAAAUCUCACUCGAGUGGAUCUUUAUGCGAAUAUGAUCGUCACGAUCAACAUCUCGGCACUUCAGCUCACUCAGGUGCCACCUAACAGGCAACUUCCGGAAUUUUACAUCGGCGGAAAUCCCUUUGUGUGCGACUGCACCACGGAGUGGUUGCAAAGGAUCAAUUCGCUGACGUUGAGACAGCAUCCGAGAGUGAUGGAUCUCGAGUCCGUUUACUGUAGACUCCCUUACGACCGCUAUAAGUCGUUCAUGCCGCUCAUGGAAGCCAGACCUUCGCAAUUUCUUUGUACUUACUUGUCGCAUUGUUUCGCUCUCUGUCAUUGCUGCGCCUAUGACUCCUGCGACUGCGAAAUGUUGUGUCCGGGAAACUGCUCGUGUUAUCAUGAUCAGUCCUGGUCGGCGAACAUCAUCGACUGCUCUAAUUCGGGUCACACAACUCUACCAGAUCGAGUGCCAAUGGACGCGACGGAGAUUUAUCUCGACGGGAACGAUUUCUACGAGUUGAACUCUCAAUCGUUCGUAGGUCGAAAAAAUUUACAGGUCAUCUACGCUAACAACAGCAAUAUUGUCAGAAUCUGUAAUAGCACUUUCACCGGCUUGAAACGACUGCGGGUGCUUCAUCUGGAGGACAACAAGAUAACCAUGCUCAAUGGCGUGGAGCUGAUGCCAUUGGAGAAUCUGAAGGAACUCUACUUGCAGAAUAAUGUGUUGACGUAUAUUGAUAACGGUACGUUCGUGCCGUUACGUCAACUGGAAGUCUUGCGUCUGGAAAACAAUCGUCUCGGCACUUUCGCUCUCUGGCAGCUGGGACAAAAUCCAUAUCUGGUUGAAAUCACUCUGUCCAGGAAUCCGUGGAAUUGCGAGUGCUCGUAUUUGGACCGCGUGCGGGAGUGGAUGUCACACAAUCAUCAAAAGAUCAAUGAUUGGCGGAGCGUCACUUGUUCUCUCGGCAUGCCCAUCACCACUCUGCCGGCCAACGGAUCGGUCAUAAAUUGCGCGGCUCUGAUGGGCACGACCUCCGUCGUCGAGACGCGACCGCUAGACGCUUAUCUGUCACUGCUAUUAGCCACGGUCGUGCUGAUACUAGCGACGGUGGCGUUAGUAUGCGGCGCUUUCAAACAUCGUCGCAUUCUGAGAGCUUGGGCAGCGGGUAGAUGCGGUUUACGAGUAUGCUAUAAAACUGCCGCUUUCGAAGACCAGGAGAAACCGUUCGAUGCCUACAUCUCUUACUCCGCGGUCGACGAGUCGUUCGUUUCGACGAUCCUUGUGCCGGGUCUCGAGACCUCCUACAGGCUGUGUUUGCACUAUCGAGAUCUCGGCGCUGGUAGUAAUGUGGCAGACGCCGUGGCCGAGGCAGCUGACUCUUCAAGACGCACGAUUCUUGUAUUGUCAAAGAACUUUCUACACGGCGAGUGGUCCAGGUUCGAGUUCAAGUCAGCCCUGAGAGACGCUCUUAAGGGUAAAGGCCGCUCGGUGAUUUUGCUUCUGGUGGGCGGUGUGUGCCCGCGUGAUCUCGACUCCGAUCUCAAAAAGCGAAUUUCGUCGCACACCGUACUGGUAUGGGGGGACAAGUUGUUCUGGCAAAAGUUGAGGUUCGCCAUGCCAGACGUGUCUCCCAUUCCUCUCCUGGAGAGACCACUGCCUCUGCCGCCGCCGCCGCCACCCCCAGCGCAUCAUCAAUGGACGUAGAACUGCCGUUAUUUAGAUAUGAAACUGUUUCCAAAACUAUCGAAUCGCGUUAUGUAAGGAGUAAUUGGAAAUCGCAAAUGUGAGAAGGGACUCCUGACACUAUCGCGACUUUUCUCUCUACUUAUUAUCAGACGCAUUUCUUACUAUUGCAAUGUACCCGUAAUACGGUGUCCGAAUAAAGUAAGCGGUUAUUCGUAUUUUUGAGAAUCGUGAUAGCUUUGUAGUGUGCAAAUGUAAUUAGCGCGAGGAAAAAAAAGAAACGUUUGGAGCAUACUACCCUCGUAACUCGUAUUGCAACGAAGUAAGUUUUUCCUCUUUCUACUUGAUGCUAGUUUAAUCGAAUCGAUCGAUUUAUUCAAGUUUUUCGGUAAUUCUCUCUCUUGUUUAAUCGAAAAAAAAAAAAAAACACGAAGAUGGAUGUACAUAGCGAGAAGUUUGUAUAUUUGUAACAUAGAUAGGGCAUUUUAUUAUAAAUAUAUAUAUAUAUAUAAACACAAUAAAGUUAUUUAUAUAUAUUUUAAUCAGAAGGUAAGCGUUACUUCUUUUUCUCAUCUCCUAGCACAUUUAUUCUCGCGCGAUUCGUUGCCGUCGUCCGUCGUCUCAUUGUCACGACUGAAGACGGCAGCUGGGAUCGUUCGAAAGAUCGCGCGACGCUUAAUUUAAAAUUCUAUCAACGUUGUGUAUAAUGUAUAUCCAUUUGUACAGAGUGCGCGGAAGCAUUGAUAUCAUUAAGGCCGGCGCGUUUUCACACGGCGACUCCGGCCGAACUCGUUUGUUCACACGAAACGCGGCCAAGCUUCUCCGUUUUGUGUAACGUCGAUCAUGCACGGCGAAGUCCCGGCGCCAAAAGCAUUAAAUAUUAUUACGUCCGGCAUUAUAUUUGCCGACGUGGUGUUCCACAGCGCACGUCGAUGAUUAAUAGGGAUACUCCGCGUAGCGUGACGUCGAGUAAUAUGUGCGCAUUGUAAUAAUGACUAGUGCGAGAGGCAUAAAUUCGCGGAUGGGUUAAUUAGUACAAAUUACUGCGGUAUCAAUUCUCGCCUACUAUCGCAAGCAGUUCGGCGUGGCGUACUCGAGCGCGCGCGCGCGCGCGCGCGAAUGGUAAAUUAAUUCCAUUAAGUCGUGUCUCUUAUGCGACGCGAUGUAGAGAGCGCCGAUUAAAAUCGAGACUGUAUAUGUAAAUAUUAGUUUCUUAUUGUAUCGAUGUACCAUAAUUGUAUUUUAAAAAAAACACG